CCAUCAUCCUGGUUUGCCCCGAUGCUCCUUGUUCCAGCACACUUGAGCUUUGGGCCCUGGAGACCCUUCUGUGCCAGGAACACUGCCCGUGGUGCCCUGAGCAAGACACCGACCCAGACCCUAGAGUGCAGAGUCCUCCUGAACCUAUGCUUGCCAGUUGCAGGCAGCCCACACAUCCAGCGCUGCUGUUUCUUCUCCCAGGGCCUCGCCUUGCAGCCCUCCCCCGCUGUCCUCUGCCUUUCGGGCCGCGGACCUGGCGUCAGGAGGGGGCGCCCGGGCUGGGAGCAGCGGUGCUUGCCACACUGCAGCGCCUGGACACAGACGCGCUCCAGCGUGGGCUCCAUGGACUCGCAGUCCAGCUGCGUCGUGGUGACCGGUUUUGGGCCGUUCCGGCAGCACCUGGUGAAUUCCAGCUGGGAAGCAGUGAAGGAGCUCUCCAAGUUGGGCCUGGAGACUAACAUGGAGGUGGAGCUGCGGACUCUCCAGCUGCCUGUAGAUUACAGAGAGGUGAAGCAGAGGGUCACCAGAAUCUGGGAAGAAUUUCAACCACAACCAGCUAAUUAUGGACUGAAACCUCCACAAACUCUUGCUGUGCAUGUGGGUGUGGACACUUCGGCCAAGGCAAUUUUUCUAGAACAGUGUGGCAAGAACCGUGGCUACCGAGACAGAGACAUCCGGGGCUUCCAGCCUGAGGAAGGCGUGUGCCUGCCAGGUGGCCGGGAUGUGAUCGUGUCAAGGGUCAACAUGAAGGCAGUCUGCAAACACAUUGCCAUUGAGGAUGUUGAGGUGACCUUUUCUGGAGAUGCGGGCAGGUACAUCUGCGAUUAUACCUACUACCUGUCUCUGCAUCAUGGAAAUGGGCAUGCGGCACUCAUCCACGUCCCUCCACUCUCACGGGGGUUCCCAGCCAGCCUGCUGGGAAAAGCCUUGCAAGUCAUCAUCCAGGAAAUGCUGGAAGCGAGCGGGAAAGCCCAAGCUCACAGCCAGGAUUGCAGAGAACUGAACCGCACCGAUUCCACCCAAAGGGAACCAGUUGGAAAAUGUCUCCUUUAGAGAAAACUAAAUGCUCAGUCCUAUGUGUAGAGUUCAAUUAUGCCUUGAGAGGCUUUUAAAAAUCGCUUGUAAAACAGUUUACACAGAGGGAAAAAUUUUGAAUUAGCCCAACAAAAUCACAGAGUUAUUUUAUUGUCAGAAGAAAGAACUCUCUAAAAGGCAGAUGUUCCACAAGGGAUUAACUAGCUUCGGUUAUAGUUUUCAUGACAAUAAAAUGAAAUCCUAGUAAUUUUUUUUUCUUCUAAAUGACUGUGCAGCGGGGCUGUGAGAUCCUGCCCAGGCUUGAGGACCACAAGUCCAUGGACGUGCAGGUGCAGCUACUGCUCUAGGUCUAACAUUUCUCCCUGUCUUUUCUGGUACUCAUUUUAACAAUUUUGAAGUGCCCGGUUUAGUGACAGUCAGCACACCAGCAUUGUGCAGUCAUCACCACCGUCCAUCUCUAUGUCUUUCUCACCAUCCUAAAUCAAAACUUUACUCAGUAUCCAAGAACUACCUAUCCCUUCUCUUCCCAACCUUUAGCAACCACCAUUAUUCCCUCCAUCUCUACGAGCUCAGUUAGGUACCUAAAACAAGCAUUUGUCAUUUUGUCUUUUAUUUCAUUUGUUAUAAUGUUCUCAAGUUUCAUCAGCAUUGUCACAGAUGGCAUGAUUUCAUUAUUUGUAAAGGCUAAAUAACACACCAUUGCACGUCCCUACCACACUCGGCUUUUCCAUUCACCUAUGGAUGGACACUUGAGUGGCUUCCACCUUUUGGCUAUGGCUAAAAAUACUGCUAUGAAAAUUGGCCUCCAGAUACGUGUUCCGGUCCCUGAUUUCAGCUCUUUUGUGUAUACACCCAGAAUAAAUUGCUGGAGCACAUGAGGAUUCUGUGUUUAAUGCUUUGAGGAACUGCCACGCUGGUUUUCACAGUGACUGUAAUGUUUUAUAUUCUCACCAGUGUUUGCUCUUAAAGCAAGCUUUGGAGCUGGGCUUAGGUUCUCUCCAUAAUAAGUAUUUUCCUUAACUGUUAAAAAUCAGAAGCUCCUUUGUUUUGACUUUAUGACGCUGUACUGGGUCUUGUGCCAAGCUGCUCACAGCAACGCUCUGCUUGUCCAGUGUCUUCUGGGGGCACAAUUUUCAUGCAAAACCCCAUUUGUAACUUUUUUUAUUAGUAAUAGUGUGGAAGUAGUUAAGGUUUAGUACAUUUUCUGUUAUGUUGGUCUGCUUAUAACUACUAUUUUUUUUACUUGGUUAUACUAGAGAAAUAAAUUAGUCUCCUAGUGCCUGGAUUCAUGUACUAUAGGAAGAGGCAUCUGUAAACUAAUAACAAAGGCACUCGACAGGCUUUGCUCAUUUUGCCACUAGCCUUUGAGCAGAUUUGUCUAUGCAGAAUAGACUUUACAAGCCCCCCCUUUGUAAAUACACCUGGAUUGUUUGACAUACGCCAGAAGUAAGUCAAAGCCUAGAGGUGGCGUAAGACGGUGCUGGGGUCCAGCAGCAUGGUGGUUAAUGUGGAGAUACUUCUGUACUCCAGGGCAAGUAGCCGCCACCUAGAGCUCUUUACUUCUUUAUUCUUUCUCCUGUUUGAGGACACUGGCAAGCCAGGGACCUCCAGGACAGGCCUCUGGUAUUAUUGCAAAUUGCUCAAUGUCAUACGUACAUAUUGAAAAAAAUUAGGAGGCCAGAGCUCUCUUGUGAUGAACUUUCUCACCAUUUCCUGCUCUGUGGCCUCUAAAGUUGUCCAUGGAAAACCCCAAAGGUGCCUUCAUAUCCUGGUCUCUGUGAAUGACCCAGAUCCCCCACUCAUUUGCAGCAGGGCCUGUUCAGCUAUGGUUGCUACAGGAGACUUCUGAGUUUAUUUGAAAACUGUGUAGUAUAAAUGGCUGAGCCCUGGUAUGGUUGCUUCAUAUUAUUGCCAGGGCGUUUGGGGUCUGUCCGUGUGUGCCUCUAUAAAACAGAGCAAUAAAAAAGCUUGCCAUUUCAGGGUGCUUAUGAAAGUUCAGUGAAGACAGUGGAUGUAGAAGGCCUUCACUGACAAUAGAACACUACUAAAAUACACAGCUGAGUGUGGCCUCAUAGCUUGCUAUGGUUAUAGUGGGUCUCCUAAGGGUUCAUGUGUUAGGAGCUUGGUUUCCAGUGUGGAGCCUAGUAGGAGGUCUUUAGGUCAUUGGGGUAGUUGCCCUCAGAAGAGGUUAAGGAAUUUCUUUGGGAUCGCUGAACUCUUAUACGGAGUUGUUGUUAAGAGUGAGUGGAGCCCUGACCUGAACUGCUCUCUGGAUUCCCCUUGAGAUGUGAUGUCUUCUUCCCGCAUGAGUUCCUGUCAUUGGCCAUGAGGUCUUCCCCAGAGCCAAGCUGAUGCCCACAUCAUGCCCAUAAGCCUCCAGAACUGUAAACCAAAUAAACCUCUUUUCUUUGCGAA